UCGACCUUAAACAUUUUAUAAAAAAUGUAUACGAAUAUUAAUUUUAUUAUGAUAUAUUUAAGUAUUUUCGUUUCAUCAAGUAUAUCUAUUUUAAAUUGUAGUUAAAGUGGUCAAAAUGUGCAAAUUUUAAAGUUUUAAAAUGUUGAAGUUUGGAUCAAAAGGAGACAGCAAUGUAGUCUUUAAAUGCACGGUGCGUUUAUUAGAAGACACAGAAAUUCUAGAAUGUGAAUAUAAGCCAAACCAAAAAGGAAAACAUUUGCUGGAGUAUGUUUGUCAGCAACUGAACAUUGCAGAACAAGACUAUUUUGGAUUAAGAUAUGUUGAUUCUUCACAGCAAAGACAUUGGCUGGACUUGGGUAAAUCGAUUACUAAACAAGUUAAGGACAUGCAGGAAGUUUUGUUUAGCUUUAGAGUCAAAUUUUACCCCCCUGAUCCAUUCAAAUUAAAAGAAGAAAUAACACGUUAUCAAAUCUUCAUGCAGCUAAAACGUGAUUUGUUACAUGGUAGAUUAUGUUCUCCUAAUGAAUCGAUUAUGCUAGCUGCUUUAAUAAUUCAAGGUGAGUUAGGCGACUAUGAUCCUGAAGUUCAUGUAGGUAACUAUGUCUCAAGUUUUCGAAUUUUGUUAAAACAAACUGAACAAAAUGAAGAAAAAAUAAUGGAAAUCCAUAAAAGAGAUUUAAAAGGACAAAGUCCCUCUCAAGUUGAAAAUAAAUUUCUCAAAAUUGCGUCACAGUUAGAUACAUAUGGUGUUGAUCCACAUCCAGCAAAGGAUCACAAAGGUACUCAACUGUACUUGGGUAUUAAUUACAGUGGUAUUUUAACAUUUCAAGGAAGUAGAAAGACCCAUCACUUUCGUUGGCCUGACAUUCAAAAAAUUAAUUAUGAAGGAAAAAUGUUCAUAAUUCACCUUAAUUAUAAUGAAAAAAAACAUACAAUCGGUUUCAAAUGUGCCACUGGGGCAUCUUGUAAAUAUGUUUGGAGAUGUGCAAUAGAGCAAAUGCUGUUUUUCACGCUGCCAUGCAGUUCAGAUGCUCCACCAGUUGUAAUAGGUGGCGGCUUUUUUUCGUGGGGGACGAAGUUCAAAUACACUGGUAGAACUGAACGAGAAAUUUUAGAGGACGCUAAUCCAUUGGAACGUAAGGAACCUAAAGUUCAGCGCACAUCUAGUAUAAGUAGGAAAGCUGCAAGUGUGCCUGCUACACCAUCCACGCCAUUACAGCCUCACUUAGGAUACAAUACAGUCCCCUGCUCUAGUCAUUCCGAUGGGGGAGGCUUUAUGGCAGAACCUAGUAGUAACCUUGGACUUUAUGUAACAUUAGAUGGUUCUUCUACGCACAGUUGUGGCGAUGUCGCAGGACUUCAAACAGUGAGCGAGGAUCAUGAAUCGUCAGGUGCUUUGAAGAAUUCAUUGGAACAGUUUAGCGAAUAUAACUUUCGUGAUUCAUUUGAUCACUCGUCUUCUGAAUCUCAAUUACAUGAAAGUAGUAACUAUAGAAGUUUGGAUUCAAGUUACUCACAUAGGUGUAACUACAAUCAAGCGUUACAAUUUCACCCGCGAACUGGAUCUCAUAUGCUUUUGUCUAAUAUCAUUCAAACCAAUUCAACUGAAUCAACUUCUAGCCAAAAGCAUAAACAAAAGAAACUAAAGAAAAGAAUAAUACUUUUAGCAAUAAUAUUUAGCGUAUUUUUGUGCUCUGCCUUUUUAAUUCUGUCUGGAAUUGGCUUGCAAGUGUUAAAUAAUCUAGACAGUUUGUCAGUUUUUAAAUGUAAUUUAUACGAACUGUUUAAGCAACAAUUCCAGCAUUUAUUUUCAAAUUUCUUUAAAUAUUAACAGAACUUGCCCAUUUACAAAUUUUGUACUUUUAUAUGUACGUAUGUACAACUACUUAAGCAUUUAAUAAUUAUUUUGCAAAAAGUCAGCAGAUACAGUCACAUAUCUUGAAUAAUUACAACCCUAUAAUUAAAACGUAUCACAUAAAUGAUCCUCUUCUUAUCUGUCAUUUUUUCUAACUAAAGUGAUAUCUCUAAUAACACAUUUCAAGUGCCAUAAGAACAUAGCUUAAUAUUUAAAUUUAAACUAAAAUAGAUAAAAAUAUAUGACUGCAUUUUCUAUAUAUUGCGAGAAUACUUUAUUCAAUAUUUAUCAACUGUUUGCCGUUCAAUAUGUAGCGCUUCCACAAAAAUAGUAAGCUUGCCUUUUCAUUAAAACUAUUUUAUGUAUUUUCCGUACUAAGUGGACCAACUGAUGAACAUAAAUACAGGUGUGAUUUAUCAAUAGUUGGGAUUGCAAACUAUUAGAUAUUUUUCCUAAUGAAUUAAUAUUUCAUUUCAAGACAAAAAAUUAUGAACCGCUACCAAAUUAAAAAUCUGCAAUACAAUAGAAUAGUUAGAUUAGUUGUAUGUGCAUUUUCAAAAUAUUUUUAGGUAACUUAUAAAAAUUGAUUUUGUUAAUACGAUUGCUAAACAAAUAAUAGGGUUAUGCUUUAGAAGAUUAGUUCUUUAACAUGUAAAUAUAAAAAAGUUAAUUGUCAUUAAAUACGUUAGAUAAAUAAUAAUUCCUCUAGUCAAUUAAAGGUGCCACAAAACCUGAAAUACUUAAAAAUUACUAUUACGCUUUAAAUUGUUUUAUUUGCUAAUAUUUGUUGUAUUAUUUAUGUAGAUUCCAUUUGUUAACUACAAAGUACGGUAGGGUGGCUGUAAAUACAGCUAAGGUGUUUUAAUAGUACAAUUUUUACAUUGUGAUAUCGAACGCAUAAGGUUUUAAUACAUAGAUACUUAUUUAUAUUAAAGCAAUUAUUAAUAGCACGUUUUAGUAGUUUAUAUGUGUUAGGAACAGCUUGAUUUAAGAGUAGUUUGUUAAAUUUUCGUUGUUUUUAUAAAUUAGUUGUUUAAAUGUGUAGAUUAAUAGUAACUGCUAAAAAUUGUAUAUUUUCUCAAACGUUGACACCGAUUGUUAAUCAAAAUGUACGAGUUUACGAAAAGGGUACGUGGCAUUUUAAACAAUUCCAUAUGCAAUCAAACUAUUUAUUUCUUGCAUUCCAAAAACAGAACAAAUUAUGCAUCUUUCAUAUAUGCUUUAUUUAAACAAUUUAUUGUCUGUGAUCUGACUUCAAUCUGCAAUUGUAAAGUUUUAGUAAUAAUAAAUGACCAUUGUAUUUGCAAUAAUAAGGGAUUUCAUUUACAACACGUGUUUGUGAUUUCCCGUUUUAUCGGCAGAGUUUGUUACGUACACAAUUUUUAGAAUAUGUAAAAAAUAUGACGGUUUGCUUUUAAGUUUUCGUAAACUACUUGUAAAUCCAAAAUCUUACAGAUAGUUGGUGUAGAUCUUCAAAUCAUCAGUAUAUAUCAUAUAAGAAGUCAUCACCUUGCAUGUUUAGUUUUUAUUUAUAGAAUUUAUAUAAGUUAAGUUCACUCAAUUCAUCUAGUAAAAUUAAGCUAAGCGAGUAUUUUCGUUUUACAAUGACUAAAUGAUGUUGGCUUUUGGUUAUCAAUCGAGGA